ACUGGGGGUUAGGAGGAGCAGGGUGCAAGUGCUGGUUGUAUUUAGUUUAAGGUGGCAAGUGGUGAUGUCACCGAGGGCAGUGGGAUGGAUGGACCUAGAGCCCCUAGAAGCUAGAGAUGAAAACCCUGGCCAAACAGCUGAGUUAUAAACCCUUCUUCCUCCAGGAAGAAGGUAGCCUAAUGAGAAGGCUUGAACCACAGCAGAGCAUUCAGUGGUGUCUUAGAAGCAGAUGGGUCAGGAAUCACCCAAGCAAAUCAAGAAACUGCUGCCAGAGACCAGAGGAGAAACCUGGGAAAGACUCCCUGCUCCUUCUGUGUGUGUGUGUGUAUGUGUGUGUGAUGUUUUUCAUAUGUAAGGGUUUUAAAUUUUGGGCGUUUUCCAUACUGGGGAUCUCACCCAAGGCCCUCACGUAUACCACAUGAGCACUUUACCACUGGGCUACACUCCCUGCCCAAGGCUUUCUUUAGGAGAUUGCCAUGAAUUGAUAACCACUUCAGAACAGAGUGCAGUUCUUUCAAAAAACAUUUAGAAACAACAACAACAUUUAGCUGACAGCAGCCUUGAAAGUAGUCCUCUGCGGAGGAUGCUUGGCAAGGUGAACCUUGGGUGUGAGGCCUGGCCACACCUCCCCAAGUCUGGAAGGACACUGGGACAGCCCUGCCCUAGACAAAGCCAUCUAACCUAAGUCAGGGCUCUUCUGCAGUUGAAUGACCUCAGAUUCUGUUCUAAAGCUGCCAACCACAGUGCUCCCAUGAACCAACCAGAGGCUUGGUUUUUUGUGCCUAGAAAUUGCUUCUGGAGCACCCUAGGUCAGAAAGUGUCUGGAAGCCAUUUGUGACAGCACUGCUGACUCCUGCCCUGCUCUGUCAGUGCUGCAUGAUUUUCCCAUCCUCCGUUUAGACAUUGAUUUCAUAAGCUUUGCAUGAAAUUGAUCCAAAUCGAUCCUGCCUCCCAGGACUGCUUCUUCCCUUCAAUGCACAUAUUGUUCUCUCUUUUUUUUUUUUUUUUUGGUCUUUUUUGUUUUUAUCGGUACCAGGGAUCGAACUCACGACUGCCUGCUUGCAAGGCAGGCACUUAUGCCGCUGAGUUAAACCCCCAGCCCCCACAUAUUGUUCUCUUUACACUCCUCAGUGAUCUGUUUACAAACCCCCCUCCCCUGCUAGACUUCCAGUUUCUGAAGGGCAGAAGCCAGGUCUUGAAAUCCUACAGCCAGGUUGAUGCCUGACACAGUGUUUUUUGUCCCAUAAACGUUCGCUGAAUUGAAUUAAAUUACAUUGACUCAAACUUGGAAGGGAACUCAGUCCAUGAAGCCUCCUCUUGGACACAAAGGUGAGGGUACCCUAGCUCGGUGUUGGCAGAACUGUUUCUGGUAUCCUGACUCCUGCUUUUCCAGUGCAGUUUUCCUAGGAGGCUGUUUUCAGUGCUCAAAAGCCCCAAAGCAGAGCUCACUGCACUGAAUAAAUAUGUGAAUGUUCCUCUGCAAGCUGUAGGUGGCUCUCAGCUGGUUUAAAUGGUGCUAUCUCGGUAUCACCCACCAGGCCCACAGCAUAGAGAGACUUUCUUUGGAGUCAUUUUUUGUAAGUACAAAUGUGACUCUCCUACUGGGCCUCACCACCUGUCAUGGUUCUGGCUCCUUUAUAGAUUCUCUGUCACUUUUAAUUUUUACCUUCAAAAAGGGCCACUUCUCACAUUUUCCUAGUGCAAAUACUUUGUUUGUUUUUAAUCUCCUCUUCCAGGAUUUGCCCCAAGGGUAGUUCCAAAAUUAAGGCUCUAGGGAGUUUCUUUGUGGUGUGGUGAAGGACUAGGAAAUUCCUUGGGGAGAUGGUAAACUUGGCCUCUGUGCCUUGGAGACAGAGUAGUGGUUCUUCUUUGCUUGGAGGACUAGCUGGAGAGGGAGUCUACGGAGCCAUCCUCCAGGAUGAAAGCUGCAAACAUUUCUCUUUCUGUUAAUUAUACCAGCGCUGUAACCAUUGAUGGAGAAGGGUUAGGUGGAAGGACUGAGAAUCUGCUUCGCCUUCCGCUGACCAUUUUCUUACACUGGUUAUUGGUUUCUCUUAAUAUUUUCUCCUCUCAAACUAUACCACAUUCCAGCUCUGGGACAAGAGUCAUCAGCUUACUGAUUUUGUGGAGGCAAUAAAGAAAGCUGUGGCAGAGCAAGAACUCAGGAUUUGAUCCUAUGUUUGAACCCCAGCUCAAUGUGUAAUACGUCUUUUAACCUCUUGGAUCCUCAGUUUUGUGCUCUAUAAAAUGGGGCUGUUGAUGUCUUCCUUGAAGGAAAGUUUUGAAGACUGUUGAAAGCCUGGGUGGCAGAGCCCUAGGCCCAUGCAAUCACCCAAUACACAUUGGUGUUUGUAAACCAUUUUUUUAAGAUGGGAUAGUUAUAGUUUCAUUUGUUUAAAUCUUGGUGGCACAUCCUACUGGUAUGUGUUAUGGUUUGUGUCUGUAUGUCCCACCAAAGCCUCAUGCAGUCACAGGUAGGGCUUUUUUGUAGGUGACUGGAUCUAGAAUGUGUGAUACUGGAGCUGUUUCAUGGUACAACGUUAGGAUCAAGAGCAUCUUGUUUCAGGGUGUGAGUGCUACCACCCUAAGUACCCCGGAUAAGAUAUAAGGGCUAGAAAGAGCUGUGGUCGUCUUUUGCUUGUUUUGCUAACUUCUGUCUGCCAUGAACUGUUUCUCCUUUGUGAUGUCCUUCUGCCCUGCUACCCUACCUUGAAGCCAGCUGAUUACAGACUGAAACAUCUAUAAACUGUGAGCUAAAUAAACCUCUCCUCUUAAUUUUGGAUGUUGGGUGUUUUAUCUCAGCAAUGAAAAAGGGGACUAUGACAGCAUGAUUGAUCCAUCUAUCAACUAUUUUCACAGAAGUGAGUGUCUGGUAUAAUUAAUGGUUUGCUGCUCUAAUCAUCAUCAUUGUCGAUAUCUCUAUUGUGAUGCUUAUUGAUGAGAUGCCUCUUUGAAAGAUAGAUUCUUGGGUGAUAAGUAGUUCCUUGUAGCUGAACACAUCCAAUGAAAGAAGCCUGGGUUGCUGUCUGUAUUUUGCUUGUUUUGUGUUUUAAAAAACAUGUAUUAAUCUGUCAAAAUAAAAAGAAAAAAAAUGUUUAACCAACGGGGCCUCCGGACUAAUUGAGUCUGGAUUCUGUAGCUACUCGGGGUAUCCUUGGCAACUGUUUGGGCAAGAGCUGAGCUUCCCGGGGCUCUGCUUGCAGAUGGAGGAUGGAGGACACGGAAAGGGUUGAGCGUUCACUGAAUUUGAGUAUUUGCUUCAGUACAACCUAGGAGCACUUGACGUACAUUCUAAGGAAAUAAUUAGAAACACCAAAUAGCUAAAGAAAAUUAUGUCAGUAUUACAGGAAAACUCUGGAAACACCUGGUAUGUCCAGCAAAAUGACACGGUGAUGGCCCCCACCCUCGGCAGCUUCUGGCAGUUCCAGAGGAUGGUCAAGCAUGUCACAGGGCGGAGCGCCUUCUUCUCCUAUUAUGGAUAUGGCUGCUACUGUGGGCUCGGGGGCAAAGGGGUCCCUGUGGAUGACACUGACAGAUGCUGCCGGGCCCAUGACUGCUGCUACAAGAAACUGAAGGAGCUUGGCUGCCAGCCCUUGUUGAGCAGCUACCAGUUCCACAUCAUCAACGGAACAGUGGUCUGUGGAUGCACCCUGGGUCCCAGUAGCAGCUGCCUCUGCGGGCUGAAAGCCUGUGAGUGUGACAAGCGAUCCGUGUACUGCUUCAAAGACAGCCUGCCCACCUAUGAGAAAAACUUCAAGCAGUUCUUCUUCAGCCGGCCGCAGUGCAGUGGACACAAGCACCAGUGCUAGGGAGGCCACUGUCCUCGUUGCUGCUGCUCCCUGUUCCAGGAAGCCACCUCCUGGCAUGCCCUUCACCACUGCCACCACCUCGGCUGCACCCCUCUCUCCAUACCCGAGGUCUGGGGCCCAGAAACGGAGAAGCACUCAUGCUCUUCGGAGGGAGACUGAACAUACAUAUCUACUAAAUCACGAAUAUUUCUGCACAGUAGUGAGGGCUAUGAAGCAACAGAAUAAAGCCACAGGAUACAGAGAUGCCCCCAACCACCCUUCCAGGAAGGUUCUAGGAUGGGAGAAUCUCCUGGAUCACUCCCAAACUCUCCUUCAACUCCCACCCCAGAUCAGGAUUGGGGCAGACUUGGGAAACAGACCCAUGACAUAAAUCUGGCUGGGGACAAAGGAGAGGUCCUGAGAGACAUUCUUGGAGUUUGGCUCUCAUUUGCUCAAGAUCCUCCCUCUAAACCCACAGGUAGGCAAGAAAUUGAUGCUGAUUUCCUGUCUCAGGACCCAGAGCGCCUCAGAGUUCAGUAGCUGACCGUGCUGCUGGGAGGUGGGGCUGGUUGCAGCUGGGUCGCUGGGUUGUGACGUGGAACAGUGCGGUGGUCUCUUUCUGAGCGUCUGCUUCCACUUCCUGGCUACAAUGGCUCGCUGGGUAUCCCUCCUCCGCUGUGCCCUUCCGCAUGCGUGUCCACCGACCCUGGAUGGAACCCACUAGAAACCGUGAGCUAAAUAAACCUCAUUUCCUUUUCA